AUGGGCAUGGGUGUUUGUGAGGCUUGUGCGCAGCGUCCACCAAUGGAUUCCGAUGUGUUGCCGCAAUCCCGCGCUUGCGAAGACCCUCCUGAUGGCCCCACUCCUGUUCGUCAGGAAAAACUCAGAGAGGCCCCAUCUCUCCAGCGACCCCGGCACGCCGAGAUGGCGAGUGCUUCGCUCUCGCAGCAUCCUGGUUCGUUCCAGGUUAAAUCCGAAGAAGCCGUGGAGAGGCGUCGCAACGAAGAGCAGCGCGAACGAAGGCUUCUGCGGGAGCAAGCGGCUUCCGCAGAAACCGUUCAGGCGGCUCCGGAAGAGAAGUUUCAAGAUUCAGGAUGGGCUACACGAAUGGAGGCUGCGCGGCUUUGUCAAGUUGCCAAAGAAGAUAAGGUGCUUCACGAACAGACUGGGGUGCAGCGCGAGGAGAAGCUGCAGGAGCAAUUAGCUGAGCUCUACUAG